AUGACCUCCCAAGGCGUGGCACAUGCUGCCACAAACCAUGUCGCCGAUACCAAUUGGGAUGCCGGCAAGGAAAGGCCACAUUCUCCAUCGGGUUCUUCAACUUUCAAGGACAAGACAAUGAAAGAGUUGAGUGAUGUCGAGCAUCAGAUCGCCACUGCCGGAGAGGCAAAAUAUAAGCGUCUCGGAUGGAAGCAGUUGACUCUCAUGCUCAUUGUCGAGGCCAUUGCACUCGGAGCCCUAUCUAUCCCUCAAGCAUUUGCAACAUUAGGAAUGGUCACUGGUGUCAUCUGCUGCGUUGGCAUUGGCCUCAUUGCGAUCUACACCUCAUGGAUCAUCGGUCAGGUCAAACUUGCCUAUCCUGCAGUGCAGCACUAUGGAGAUGUCGGUACCUUGUUGAUGGGUAGAUUCGGUUACGAGCUGUUUUCGUCCGUGUUUGUGAUCCAAUUGCUCUUUGUGAUCGGCUCACAUUGCCUGACUGGAACUAUUGCACUCGCCGAUAUCACAAAGAGUGGUGUCUGUUCUUUAGUAUUCGGCGUUGUGACGGCCAUUGUUCUCUUCUUGCUUGCGCUCCCUUCAUCAUUUGCCGAUAUCACGAUUCUCGGCUACAUUGAUUUUGCCUCUAUCAUCCUUGCCAUCGGCAUCACGAUCAUUGCCACGGGUAUCCAGGGCACCAAUUCGCCCGGUGGCUUAAGCUCUGUAGCUUGGACUGCUCUGCCUAAAGAGAACGUGACAUUCUCCGAGGCCUACGUCGCCAUCGGAGACAUCGUGUUUGCUUACUCUUUCGCAACGUGCCAAUUCUCCUUCAUGGAGGAAAUGCACACACCCAAGGACUUUACCAAGUCUAUCUGGGCACUGGGUCUGAUUGAGAUCGUGAUUUACACCAUCACUGGGGCCGUAAUCUAUGCUUUUGUUGGCCCAGGCGUCCAGUCCCCUGCACUUUUGUCUGCCGGAGACACCAUUAGCAGAAUUGCCUUUGGUGUGGCCCUGCCAGUUAUCUUCAUCUCGGGCUCAAUUAAUGCAAUUGUGACUGGUCGGUUGCUGCAUAACCGAGUCUUCAAGAACAGCGUUAUUCGCUAUGUCAAUACUCCCAAGGGCUGGAUGACGUGGAUUGCUUUCAUUGCAGUCAUCACUAUUCUGGCAUGGGUAAUUGCCGAAGCUAUUCCGUUCUUCUCGGACUUGCUAUCUAUUGUUGCCGCUCUGUUUACGUCUGGCUUCUCCUUCUACUUGCCUCCUAUCAUGUGGCUGGUACUUCUCCGCAAAGGAUCUUUGUUUUCGGGGAAGAACCUGCUUAUUGGCAUCGUCAACUUCCUGGUGUUCCUCUUUGGACUGGCGGUGCUGGUCUGUGGCCUAUACUCCAGUAUCGAUGACAUAAGAAUUCAAUACCGUAACGGGAGCAUUAGUAGCCCGUUCAGUUGUGCCCAGACAUGA